GAAACAGCCUUUAACAGGGCGUCAUCAAGAACCUGAAGGGCCACAUGGAGUUAGAGGUUGGAAAGCUGAAGGUGACUCUACAGAGGGCAUUCAAUCUGAAGGAUGUUGGCACAGAAGAUGAUCCCUGUCCUGACCCAUAUGUUGUCAUACUGGUCAACGAUGCAGCAAAACCUGAAGUGUCCAACGUGUGCACCGAUAUGCAGACACCCAUCUGGAAUCAACAGUUUGUCUUCCCUCUCCACCACACCAGCCAGACCUUGUACUUCACCAUCAUGGACAAGAACUACGAUGGGACUCCAGAUACAGUGAUGGGGACUGCAGAAGUGGACAUAUCUACCCUGCAGUCAGGAGAGGAGACACAGCUGGACCUACCUGUAGAUGAAGGGGGGACACUGAAGGUCACCAUGCUGUUGGCCAUGUAUAACCAGCCACUGUCGCCACAAGGACAAGUCAUGAAUUUCAAGAAGAUGUGGAACAACCUGUUGGGGGAGCUGCAAGCCAUUGCUGCUGAGCUGGGGCAAGUUCUGCAAAACUUUGCUCAUGGUGGCAACACAUACAAGAUGGUCACCCACAGGAAUCUGAAGUCAAAUCCUGGCCUCAACCUCAAAAGCCUGCCUGGCUUUGCAGAGGGCCUUCCAGUUGGGCAGUUCCCUCACGCAGACAAGGUCGCAAGAGCUGUUGGACGACUUAUGACGUUUGUUUCACAGCAGGCUGGGAUCGUACUUCGCUGGAAGGCUGAGCUCCAGGAAGGUAACCAGUGGGGCCUGUACGAGUCGUUCUUUGGAAACAUCCUGCCGACUCCCACAAAGAUCAUUGCAAGUUGGAAGGAUGACACAGAGUUUAUCCGGCAGUAUAUACAAGGACUGAACCCAGUGAUGCUGAGAGUGUGCCAGUCAGUUCAGGAGAUUCCCUUUGCUAUGCUGUCACUGAAGGGGCAGGGCAAGACCGUCAUAGAACUGAUCAGUGAGAGACGACUCUUCAUUGUGGACUACAACAUGCUGAGAAAGAUCCCCCUACAAAAAGGGAAAUACUUCUAUGCGCCCACCGUCCUGAUGUACAGGGAGAUACUCGAGGAUGGGAAGUCUCGCCUCAGCAUCAUGGGAAUCCAGCUGGAUACCAGGAAAGCGAGAAACCAGGUAUACACCCCAGAAUAUGGAAAGUCACACCCCAACAAGUACCUGUUUGCCAAGAUGCACGUGACCUGUGCCGACGCCCAGUACCACAACUUCCUGUCCCACCUACUGCUGACCCAUCUCGCCAUGGAGCCGAUCGUGGUCGCUGCCAACCACUGCCUGAGUGCCGACCACCCCAUCCUCUGCCUGCUCAAGCCACACUUCAAGGACACCAUCGCCAUCAACUUCCUGGCCCGUCACACCCUGAUAUCACGCAUACUUCCCGUGACUGAUCCCGAGUUCUCCGUGGGAACGGGUGGGGGGCUCAUGAUGUGUGUGCUGAGAUGGAAACAAUACAACUUCAUGAAGGAAAGUUUUCCCGAGCAACUGAAGAAGCGCGGGUUUGAUGAAGAUCGCUCGGACGGCCUGGAGGAUUACUACUACAGGGACGAUGGGAUGGAGCUGUGGAACAUUCUGAAGAAGUACGUCACCUCUGCAGUGGAGGAGUCCUACAAGACUGAUCAGGAGGUUGACGGUGACAAGGAGCUUCAGGCGUUUUCAAAGAUGACAUGCAUGGAUGGACAGGUGCAUGGCUUCCCUUACUACAUUGACUCAAAGGGUUUGCUUCAAGAAGUACUCACCAACAUCAUCUUCAACAUGAGUGCACAGCAUGCUGCUGUCAACUUUCCCCAGUGGGACUAUGGUGGAUAUCUCCCCAACAGGCCUGAAAUGCUGAAGAAGCCCAUGCCAGACACCAAGGGAGACAUGACAGAAAAAGACCUGGUUGACGCUCUGCCUGGACCAUCCCUACAACUCUGCAAAUCCUGCUGAAGUAUGCCUUGACCAUGCCGUCACUGACCACUCUUACAAAGCUGACAUCAGAACAAACUGGUCACAAGUUUGGGAAGGCCCAUGCAGAGCUGCAGGAUGACCUCAAGAAGCAGUCUGAGAACAUCAAGGAGCGCAACAAACGCCUGGCAGAAGAGGACAAGUUCACCUACUCGUACCUGGAUCCUGAGAAUGUUCCUAUGAGUAUUGACAUCUAGUUUGAUAUCUAGAUGCUAUCAGACAAGUCAUACCGUACAUGCUGGAUUGAUACAACCUGUGGCUGUUAGUUAUGAGAGGAGUCAAAAAGUAAUCAUUAUGUCACUGGCUGUAUAACAAGGUAAUUUUUUUCAUUGACUGACUUGAAAUUUGGCACAAAUGUAAAGAAACAUAUCAUUGACUUCAAAAGAGUGACUGCUCAUCUUGAAAUCAACUCAGUCUCCCAUAAAAAUCUGAAUGACCAAUUGAGAUAUUUCAGUCUCAAGAAGAUAUACCAUGUACAUUGUAUGUGCCUUAAGUUUACAUCUGUGACAAGUUCAUCUCCUUUUAUGAAAAAUGAGCAUCACUUUUUGACACCCCCUUAUAUCUAGGGAUUGGACAAUUAAUCAUGGGCAAUCACUCAAUCCAGAAUUAAACUGCAAAUAAAAUGAAUUAUGAUUGAACAAUUAUUUCAUGGAACAUAAGCUAGAAAAAUUAAACUCAGUAAUGACAUAUUUGUGACAAAAAUUAGGACUUUUUGGUGGUUUUGUUGACGGAGAACCUUUUAACUUUCCUCAAUCUUUGGACCACAAUUGAUUGACAGUCUCUAGACAGUACAGCAUAUUGUAUCACCUGGUGCCACAGUACUUUUCCUAAAUAGAGUGGAUAGUUUCAUGACAAUCUUUUAUAACCGAUGGUGACAAGAUGUUUUAAAGAAGAUAGAAUAAUGGUCAGCAGAGUGAAGAAGGUGGGAAAGGGUGGUGAUGUGUGGCUUGGAUCAAAAUAUGAUCACUUUUAAUAUGCACCAUACAAGCAUUUAUUUAGUAAAAAUGGAUAUUAUGGGAUAAUGUGUUGGAAUAUAAGCAAAAUAACCAAGCAAGUUUAUGAGUUGAGUGAAAUCACCUGGUGUCAAACAUUCAAAUCUGGUUUGAAUAAAAUGGUAAAAAAUGUCAA